AUGGCGUGUGAUGUUGAUGGCAUGUACCUUAUAUACCCACCAAUCAAUGUGCUUCAGUCACUGUCCCGUGUGAUGAAGAGUGCCAUUGGUGAGGAGAUGAUGCGCAGGGAUCAUGCCGAUGUGUCUAACCAGUUGUGCACGAAUUAUGCUAUCGGGAAGGACGUGCAGGCCAUGAAAGCUGUGGUUGGAAAAGAAGCACUUUCUUCCGAAGAUCUGCUAUACUUGGAGUUCCUGGAUAAAUUCGAAAGGAAAUUCGUCACCCAAGGAGCAUAUGGCACCCGCAAUAUCUUUCAGUCACUCGAUUUGGCAUGGACGCUGCUUCGCAUAUUUCCUCGCGAACUUCUCCACCGUAUACCAGCCAAAACUCUCGACCAGUUCUACUGUCGAGAUGCAGGUAAUUGGAGGCAAUCUGAGGCUCCUUGGUAGCCAUUAAAAGUAGUUUAUCUGCCGUUUCCCUGUGUUACUUUUUAUUCUAU